AUGUACUGUGAUGACACCUCGGGCAACAUGUCGAAGAAGUGGAACAAGCAUAAUUCGUGGCUCUUCACGCCGGCAGGUCUGCCUCAGGAGAUCGGACAGCAGGAAGGAAAUGUCCAUUUUUUGGUGACAUUGAACCUUGCCCCACCCUUGGAGAUGCUUGAUGGGAUUGUGUCACAGCUCGAACAUGGGCAGGCAGAGGGUAUCUGGGCUUGGGACAUCGAAUUGCAGGAGAUGGUCCUCGUCGUACCUGCAGUCUUAGCAAUCCUGGGUGACAACCCGAUGCAGAGCGAGCUCGCAUGCCAUGUUGGCUUGGCCGGGAAGUUCUUCUGUUGGAAUUGCUGGGUCAAGGGCCGUGAUGCGGCAGACCGACAGAAGGAUACGGGUGAUGCUUCGGACUCGGACCUCAGUUCCAUUCAUUCCUUCUCGACGCAGUCCGAUAACAGUUCCCAGGCCGAUACAGAUUCAACACACCCCCGAAAAGGGCGUAAGGAGACCAUGCAACAACUGGUCGAUCAUGCAAAACGGUUCUUGGACAUGAGUGAACACUCGUUGUGUCGCAAGGACGAAACCAUGCAUCACCUCGAGCAUAUCUUCCGAGAGGCGAGUGUAGUCAGCGGCUACUCUAGGGCCAAACAGAUGAAGACAAGUACCGGGUUGAAGGAUACAUUUCAGGACACUUUCAUUGAACAAAUCAAGACCUUUGCAAGUAAGCUUCGUGGCCCGACUGAGGAAAAGCAACGUGCCGUGGAUGCGAUGAUCGCGCAAGAGCUUCCGGGCAAUACAAUGAGUCCAGUCUGGCGAAUUGAAGAUCUUGAUCCAAAUCAAGACACACCAGUCGAGAUAUUGCACGUCGUACUCCUUGGGUUCAUCAAAUACUUUUGGCGUGAUGUCAUCUCCCGACUGUCAAAGACUAAGAAGGAGCUUUUGAAGGUCUGCCUCUCGUCUGCGGAUGUCUCUGGGCUUGGGAUCACUCCAUUAUCUGGCGAGACACUUGUGAUAAGAUCUGGAGUCGCAUAUUACGAGCCUGGAGAACGCUAUCAAUCACUUCCUGCUGUGUACGGCGCGUUGGACACCCCGGUGGUUCAACAAACCUAA